UUCAUGUAGCCGACCCCUCAAACUUGUCUUUGUCUCUCUUUAUAUUUAUCAUAUUUUUGAAGUUUGCCUCGUCAGUAUUAUUUUCAUUGUUGUCUAAUCUCUCUUUCAUAUUUUUGAGCUCUGCCUCUUGAGCACAAUGAAAAUCGUUCUCUAAUCUCUCUCUGCAGCUUCCUUCCCAUUUUUUCCCACACCCAAAGUUCCUGAAAACCAUGAUUUCCACAAACUUUAAUUCACCCUCUCUCUAUCCAUCCACAAUCCCAAACCAACCUCCCCAAUCUCUCUCACAUAAUUCAUCAAUAACCUCUCUCUUCCAAACCUGCAAAUCCAUGAAGCACUUGAAACAAAUCCAUGCGCAAAUGCUCAGAACCCAACUCAUAAACCACAAUUUUGCAUUGAGCCAACUCCUCUCCUUUUGUUGCACUCACAGGGAAGGCGACAUGGCCUAUGCCCACCUUGUUUUCGAUCAAAUUUCAGAACCCGACCUCUUCAUUUGGAAUACCAUGAUCACUGGUCACUCUCGUCGAAACUCCCCAAAAGCCGCUUUCUCUCUCUACAUUGAAAUGUUGCAUAAAUCAAUCCCUCCUGAUCGAUACACCUUUCCUUCAAUUCUGAAGUCUUUGAACUAUGAAUGGGCACUGAAAUUUGGGAGAGAGAUUCACGCUCAGGUGCUCAAAUUUGGUCAUGGGUCUGAUACUUACGUUCUCAAUUCUUUGAUUCAUGUGUACACUCUUUGUGGAAGAACAACGAGAGCUCGACAAUUGUUCGAUAGAUUUCCUGAGAGAGAUGUGGUUUCUUGGAAUUCGAUGAUAUCUGGUUACAUAAAGAGGAAGCAAUUUAGAGAAGCUGUUGAUCUCUUUCUAGAGAUGGAGAGAGACAAUGCACGACCGAAUUCGGUUACAGUGGUUUCUGCCCUCUCUGCCUGUGCAAAACUCAAGGACUUGAGCAUAGGAAAGAGAAUACAUAAUUAUAUUAAACUUAGUGACAUAAAGACCAAUUUGAUAAUAGAGAAUGCUCUCAUUGACAUGUAUGCAUCGUGUGGAUGUAUGGAUAUUGCACAUGAUUUGUUUGAUGGCAUGAACAAUAGAGACAUCAUUUCAUGGACAUCCAUGGUUGUGGGGUAUGCAAAUUUAGGGUUAAUUGAUCAAGCAAGAAAGCUUUUCGAUCAGAUGGCAGAGAGAGAUUCAAUUUCAUGGACUGCCAUGAUCGACGGGUGUAUCAGGAGCAAUAGGUUCAAAGAAGCUUUAGAGAUUUUUAGAGAGAUGCAGGUUUCAAAGAUCAGACCUGAUGAGUACACGAUGGUGAGUGUGCUCACUGCUUGUUCCCAUCUUGGGGCUCUUGAAGUGGGAGAAUGGAUUCGGGUUUACAUAGAACGAGAAAACAUUCGAACUGACGUUUUUGUGGGGAAUGCACUGAUAGACAUGUACUCAAAGUGCGGAAACAUAGACAGAGCUAUGGAAAUUUUUAGAGAAAUGAAGAAGAGAGACAAGUUCACCUGGACAUCAAUGAUCAUGGGGCUUGGAGUCCAUGGGCAUGCACAAGAAGCUCUCAAUCUCUUUCGAAAAAUGCAAAGAGCUGGAGUCAGACCAGAUGAGAUCACAUUUAUUGGUCUUCUAUGUGCAUGUACACAUGCAGGGAUGAUAGAGAAAGGAAAAGAACUUUUCUCUCUCAUGGAGAAGAGAUAUCAAAUUUCACCCAAUGUUGUGCAUUAUGGGUGCAUGGUUGAUCUUCUUGGCAAGAUGGGCCAUCUAAAAGAAGCCCAAGAACUCAUAGAAACAAUGCCAAUGAAACCAAAUUCAAAAAUUUGGGGUACUUUGCUUGGAGCUUGUAGAGUUCAUAAGGACAUAGAAAUUGCAGAGAAAGCGGGGAGGGAACUCGUUGAUUUGGACCCACAGAACAAUGCUGCUUAUGUCUUACUCUCUAAUUUAUAUGCCUCAUGUAAUAGAUGGGAAGAAGUUCGAAAACUUCGUAGCAUGAUGAGUGAGAAAGGGAUUAAGAAAGAACCAGGAUGUAGCUUGAUUGAGAUCAACGGAGUUGUCCACGAAUUUUUUGCAGGUGAUAAUACUCACCCUCAAUCAAAGAAAAUUUACUUGAAAUUGGAAGAGAUGGUUGUGAAAUCGAAGCCUGCCGGAUAUAUACCAGACACAUCAGAGGUUCUGUUGGAUAUAGGAGAGGAAGAGAGACAGAGUGCACUUCUAAGGCACAGUGAAAAGCUUGCAAUUGCCUUUGGGCUAAUUGGUUCAAAGCCUAAAGCGACCAUACGCAUUGUGAAGAACCUGAGAAUGUGUGGAGAUUGUCAUUCCUUGGCAAAAUUCAUAUCGAAGAUCUAUGAGAGAGAAGUGAUAGUGAGGGAUAAAACCAGGUUCCAUCAUUUCAGAGCUGGAUCAUGCUCAUGCAUGGACUACUGGUAGGAUUAAGGAGAGAGAAUCAUAAGAAACCAUAUAUAACUGACGGGUCAAGGGUUAGUGGCUGUGAGGGAUAAAACCAUGUUGCAACACUUCACUGGGGCAUGGAUUGUGUGUGUGAGAGAGAGAACAUUGCCCAGAACUGAGUAUGAGAGAUAAACCCACUUCACUUACUCCACAGAACAGUCAUGCUCUAGGUCUGUUACACCUCAAGAAUUUACAAUAUUGAUAUUCUUGAGAUGUGACA